AUGCCACCCGAAUGGACUUUAACAUGCGAUAUUUGUGGCAAGCAAUUCAAGAGCCAUGGGCUUGGUGCCCACCAGAAGGCCUGCAGGAGGACUGCAGCGCGGAUGCAGGAAGAUCGGGAGAGACGGGGUGCUCGUGCAGGCUUAUCAUUCACAGCACCGCAUGAGAUGCUCACAGAUGAGCAUGUCCCGCCACCUGCACACCAGCAGGAUGACAUCAAGACGGAAUACCAUCCACAUAGUGGCACCACCACCAAAAUUGAUAGAUUCAGUGAUUUCCACUGCUGCACUGCUGACCGCUCGCGACCUCCUGACAAUAGCACUCCCUGGGAACCAUUCAGAUUGUGCCUUGACUUCGACUUUGCUGAAUUGGUGCUGAAUGCAAAUCUCACGAAAUUGCAGACCAAUGACCUCAUUGGUCUCAUCCAUCAUACUGCAUUUGAAAAAUUCUCUCUCACUGACCAUGAUGGCAUCUGCAAGCUUUGGGAUGCAGCAUCCCCCCAUCACACGAAUUUCAAAAAGGAAGUAAUUUCAGUCCCGCAUAGGAACCAGGAGCAUACUUUUGAUUUUUGGCAUAGGCCCCUCUGGGACUGGGCCUGUGAUCUGCUGAAAGACCCUCACCUUGGCCCACAUUUCGUGUUUGAUGCCCAACGCUUGUAUAAGUUUGAUGGGCAAGAUUUUGUACGUUUUUUUGACAAGCCGUGGACUGCCAAUGCAUUUUGGGAGUCUCAAUCAUCCCUGCCAAAUGAUGAAGGAAAACCGUUCACUUUUGUCUUAUAUGCUGACAAGUCAAAACUCUCAACAAUGGGUCGUCAAAAGGCAUAUCCUGUGAUUGCACGAUGUGCAAAUUCACCUGUCGAAAUAUGCAUUGGUGAAGGGUUCGGCCGCCGCUGCCUUGUAGGCUGGCUUCCUAUUGUCGAAGAAGAUAAGAAGUAUUCUGGGACUCAGUCCUUCAUCAAUUUCAAAAAUGAUAUGUGUUAUGACUUUGAUAUGUGGAACCAUGUGCAAAUAUCCCUGCCCUGUCUGUCUUGUUCCCAGAGAAGAACUCGGCAAUGUGCUCACGUCGUAUCCAUUGCGAACGGGCACAUCUACUCAAGAUACAAUUUUGGAGGCGCGAAGGCAGGCUUGACAAGAAGACAAAGAGAAGAUAUUGAUGUCUGA